AUGCCCACGACAAACGUUAUAAUUAUCGGGGCCGGGGUUGUGGGAUUGACCACCGCAAAUCUACUGUCUCGCCACAAGAACCUCCGGAUUACCAUCGUGAGCAAGCACAUGCCCGGCGACUAUGAUAUAGAGUAUGCAUCACCUUGGGCAGGUGCCAAUUACUUCCCCAUGGGCAAACCGGGCUCAAAUUUGCAAAAAUUUGAAAAAGCGACCUGGGCGGAACUUGAUCGGCUCUGUCGGGAGGUUCCGGAGGCUGGCAUUCAUUAUCAGGAGACUGUCAUUUUUGGCCGCAAAAAGGAUGCGGACUCAGCUACUGGCCGGUGGCUCCAGGAGCUGGUAAGGGAAGACGCAUGGUUUAAAGAUGUCUUCCGCGUCCUUCUAAAGUCAGAGAUCCCUGCAGGCUAUGACACAGGCACCUCAUUCACAUCCGUAUGCCUCAACACUGCCAUCUACCUUCCCUGGCUACUUGGACAAUGCGUCAAGAACGGCGUCGUUUUGAAGCGUGGAAUCCUAUCCCAUAUCUCUGAGGCCGUAUCCCUACACCACUCUGGUGAACUCGCCGACAUCGUCGUCAACUGCACUGGGCUCUUGGCCGCCAAACUCGGCGGAGUAAUGGAUUCCGAUGUAUAUCCCGGUCGCGGCCAAAUCGUCCUUGUUCGAAAUGAGCCGGGAGUUAUGGCCACGGUAAGCGGCACUGAUGACGGGGACGACGAAGCAACCUACAUCAUGCAACGUGCCGUAGGUGGCGGCACAAUCCUUGGUGGUUGUCUUCAACACGGGCGUUGGGAAUCUCAACCUGAUCCUAAUCUCGCUCAGCGUAUCAUGCAACGGUCUAUCGAGAUUUGUCCAGCGCUGGCACCGAAGACGGGGAAGGUCUCGGAGCUGUCCGUCAUUAGGCAUGGGGUAGGAUUGAGACCAAUGAGGAAGGGUGGGCCAAGAGUUGAGAAAGAGAGGAUUGGGGGGGUAUGGAUUGUACAUAAUUAUGGUCAUGGAGGAUAUGGCUACCAGGCGUCUUAUGGGAGUGCAUGGGAGGUUGAGAAGCUAGUUGAGGGCAUCUUGGGAGAGAAGGCGAGGUUGUAG